AUGAGCUUAAGAACCAACAUUUUCAAGGUUUCUCGCAGUGAUAUCUUCGAUGAGUUCUCCGAUAUGGCAGGACUUGGAGACCGUUUGGAAGAAAAUGGAGGCGAACCGAGCAAUGGUGGUGAAGAGGAUGGCAGCAUUACAGAGUUGAAUGGUAAUUUUACAGCGGAAUCAGUAGCUGCUCAGACUCAAACGUGGGAGCAGUUGUUGUAUGUGAAGAUAAAGUUACAAGCAGCGCUCAGGGCUUUUAAUCAAUUACCUCGUGGACAGUUAGCUAAGGAUUUGUUGAAAGAAGCUGAUGAAGAAACCAAAGCAAAUGUUAAACUCGGAAGACUCCACAUGACCAAAGGCUCAUGUGUUACUUGUUCAGGAGCGGUGGACUCUGAUGACGAAGAAAUAGAAAGUAACGAUGAAGAUGAAGAAGAGGAAGAAGAAGAAGUUCAACAAGCAACGUCCAUGAGCAUGAAGUCUUUGAGUAAGCGGAUAUGCAAGAGUGAAGAACAGUUUGGGAAGUUCAGGGAUUCAACAUUAAUCAAGUGGGAAGGACGUACACGUUUGGUAGCAUCUCGUCGACCAAAGAACGCUAGCACAGAUUUCUCGGCUUUUGAGAAGGAGAACGUUGUUUCUCAGAUUGAAAAGGUGAAAUUCUUUGUACAUUUUUUAGGGCUUUACCCAUUAUCUGCAACAAGGUUCUUAGCUAAGAGAGCUGAUGAGGAUGAAGAGAUAUACGACGAUGAUGACUUUUAUCAAGUUCUUCUAAAAGAGCUGAUAGACAAAAAAUCAAGUAAUACUCAGGAUCCUGUUGCAAUGACCAGGUUCUUUCUCAAUGCAAUUAGAAAGGUUUAUUUUGCUAUCUGUUUCCUUUGGACACUUUCACGGUGUUUGUCUUACAGGUACAUACCAAUUCCAAAGCUUGUAAAUUUCCAUCCAGCGAUGCCGGAAAUGGUGGAAUGGAAUCAUGAAACGCGGAAUGAACUAUUUAAGUCUCUGUUUUCUUAA